AUGGCGGAUGUGCUCCCUGAACAGGGGCGCGAACUGCACAGACUGGUGGAUGAUCGACCGGGCUCGGUAGAAGGCAUGCUACAACGCCUUGACAAAUUGUUUGAGCAAUUCUGGCACAAGAUAGAGGCUCGAAAGCAGUACCCACACCCUCAGCAACAGGUGAGAAGGCGAAGUGACCGGAACCGCACAAAGCCUGGGUCUUCCGUGAGCAAAACACCCUCCAAAGCACCAGUGCACCCUCAGCCUAACCUACCAAGACUAAGGGCCGCUCCGGUAACAGCCGCAAAGCAUGUUCCACGACAGCAGAGUCGCGGCACCCGCAUCCAGAGGCGGAUCACUCCGGGCCCCCGCAGUAUACCGGCGGAGAGGGAGUUGACAUAUCCCAUAUCCUGGUUCCACGGAUCCCGGACAAGGGCCCUCUCGCAGACCAGGAGGGAGAGAGAAAACACCCUGGCAUACCUAACUUACAUAGCAACACCCAGAGACUCUCCCAAAAUACUGAGCCGAGGCAUCGGCUGA